AUGAAACUACGAACGACACUUCAGUAUCUCGCCAUCGGGCUCACAGCCUUCCCGAUUCCCUGUGUAAACGCAGCUCUGCGCUACAUGACCAUUGAAAAUUUCGAAACAUGGGUGCAUGGCAACGAGGCAGCAUUUACAACCAUCGGAGAAGAUCUGAGAUGGUUGAUCUACCUUAGUCAAAUAGACCGCCCAUUGACUUUAGAGUCACCUGAUGCCGACGUCGCAAGAUCCCUAGAAACGACGUAUGAAAAUGUGAGGAGUGUGUUUGACGACCUCCAGAAACAGUCUAACAGGGGAGAUAUUAUACCCACUGAGGAGGAGGGUCAAACAGUACAUAGGGACCAUUUCUUCGUAGCUGAGACCAUGAACCUCCAUAGCAUGGUAUACGAGUUCAAGAUCAACCUUCCUCGGAACGUUUGGAACAACAGAAUAGACAAAGAACCGCUCGAAGGGGUAACCCCUAUUGAAGCCACUCAAAAACUCGUCCAGUAUCUAGAAAAUAGUGGACUGGAUUUAACCGACCCGGUAGCAGUGGCCAUGUGGGUUCUUGAUGGAAAGGAUAUUGUCACUGGACGAGGAUCCGAGACUACGGUCAUUUCUUACAAUACCGCCUCGCUUAGGACGUUACGAUCAGCCUUUAAAUCUAUAUUUGAUGGGUAUAAAGCUAUUGCGGAGGUAAUCAACAGGAUUUACAAUGAUGCGGGACGUCGGUAUCAAGACCCCUUAUACCAGGAACCGCUGUUUGCUAUUGAGACUCCGCUUCGGCGACUUCAGAAUUUCAUGUUUGCUUAUCAGAAUGUAUUUUCUGAUCGACCGCCGCUUAAAAUUCCUGUCAGGAGCACAACGUAA